CGGAAGAGGGAUAAAAGCGAAAAUGAUAUUUUUGUCACAGAUGUCUCAAAACAUGGGUCUUGUCACUAAAAUGUGUCUAAAUGGGCCCAAUAAAUAUGAAACGUAACAGAUGCUCCACCGGCUUACUUUUUAGGGUUUCUGUGUCUUCUAUAACAAAACGUCAAAACCUAUCGAACGCCUCUCUAGACAAAACCACCACAGUGGAAAAGAAAAGAUUUAUUAAUAUUUGACCUAACUUCAUUAUAUCGAUAUCGAUCCUUGUUUCAAACUUGGAACGACGACGAUGAUGAUGUCAAAUCUUCCAAAGGAUUUGGUGGAGGAGAUUCUCUCUAGGGUUCCGUUUAAAUACCUGAGAGCAGUGAGAUCUACUUGCAAAAAUUGGAACGAUAUAUCCAAAACUCGGAGCUUUGCGAAUAAACACAUCGACAAAGCAACCGUAUCAGGGGAAAAAGAGUUUCUGAUGAUCACAAAAUUUAAUGUUUUUCGGGUCGGCGUCAAUCUCCAUAGAAGUCAGAACAACAAUGUUGAUCUAUCUAUAGAGCUUAAAGGUAAACUUGUUAGCAGAGACAAAACAGAUGAUUUAUUCCACAAAUCUCAAGUCAUUCACUGCAACGGUGUAUUUUUAUGCGCACGGGAAAAAAUGCUUGUGGUUUUGAACCCGUAUUGGGGACAAACAAAAUGGAUCAUGCCAAGACCUCCUUUCGGGUGCUCAGACAGGUAUGCUCUCGGCUACGACAAAUCCAGCGGUAGCCACAAAAUCCUGAGGCUUUUCGGUGUUAACCAAAAGAACCUCGAUGUAUACGAUUUGAGCUCUAGUUCAUGGAUGGUUCCUGAUGAUGUCACUCUUGAAAGGGAUAUAUAUAUGCAACAAGGCGUGUCUUUGAAGGGAGAUACUUACUGGUAUGCUAAAGAUGAGGAUUCAAUAGAUGGUUACUUAUUAUGUUUUGAUUUUACAAGAGAGAGAUUUGGACCGUGUUUGCCUCUGCCUCAGCCCUUGAAUGAAGGUUAUGCCCUAUACAAAGGUUAUGCAACUCUAUCUGUAGUUACAGAAGAGAAGCUUGCUGUGUUAUUACAGCGGUGGGAUACAACGGUUAUUUGGGUUACGAACAAGAUUGAGCCUGAUGCGGUGUCAUGGAGCAUCUUCUUAAAACUUGAUAUGAUAAUGGAACCAAAGAUUCAUCACUAUCAGAAUUUCUUCAUUGACGAGGAAAAGAAAGUCGCAGUUGUUUUUGACAAAGACAAAGACAGGUCAACUUGGCCGCCUUGGAUGUUUAAAACCAUUUACAACAGAGCUUACAUCGCUGGAGAGAAUGGUUAUUUCAGAAGUGUGGAUCUUCUUAAAUCUCCAAACACACGACAACUUGGCCGCCUUGUGUGCUCUUAUGUUCCAAGUUCUAUGAAAGUCAAGUAACAGAUUUAUAUAGAAAUCAGUCCAGUUUACAUUUUCAAUAUGAUUUCAUCUUCUUUGAACAAGAUUUUAUCAAUAAAUAUGAAUUUGUUUCUCAAUACUUCUUCUUAUGCAAUAUAUAUGGUAGAGAAUUCAUUUA